AUGGAGCAGAGGGAAAAGGCUCGCUUGGCUUGGACCACACAGACAUUGCAAGUUUCAUGGCUCGACUUUCGGUAUCGGCUAUCUCGUCAUGCUCGAGACAAAAAGAAAGGAAAUACAGUAAUAGUAUUAAAUAUCUCGCCAAAUCUCGCCGAUGAUUUAUUAAAACUUUUGUUACUAAACACUAAGUGGCCGAACCUUUACACGAUAAGCUCAUCAGAAGUUCCAAUGAAGUUCCGUCAAUUAGCGGCAAUUAAUCAAGCAAUGUUUGAAGAGGAAUUAAGUGAUUGA